CCACUCUCCUUGUUCUCUACUAGCUGGUCUUGUAUCCCUCUCAGCUGCCUUGUCUUCUCUACCAAUUAUCUAACUCCAUUUGUCAACCAACAUGCAUCAGUAUUAUCCGACUUCUCCUGCAGGAUUAGGAGCAUUUACUACACCUACGCGGCAGGGCUCAUAUGGAAGUAACUACAGUGCCUACAGCGCAUCGACCCCCAGUCCCCAAUACAGCUCCUCGGUCCCAAAUUCUGUACACACGCUCAUUGCAGCAAUGAAAAACCUUCAGUCCACGCUCACUCUAUGGUCCACCUCAAGAGCAUCCCCUGACGCAGUCAGCGACGCCUACAUGCAAUUUGGAGUCGGAUUUAACGCCGUCGUAUGGGCGUUCGAAGGAUCAGGGGUUGACACUUCAGAUCUGCAUCAAAUUCCCGCGCGAUUACGUGCUGUGCUUGAGACGUGUCUAGGCGAAGACCCUUCCCCUGCUGCACUGGAAAUGUAUCAACCACGAAUCCGACAGCAGCUAUACGAACUGCUGCAGGGCCUCAAAGCAAAGCAGGGGUGGCAAUGAUGAUGAGAAUAACGUCCAAAUUAUGUAGUCCAUUCUCGAUGAUGAUCUGCAAUCUUGGUGGUAAUUGUAUCUUCUUUAUAUAAGUAUUGAUUGCGACCUUUGGUUUGGUUAUUUUGCUGAUUGCCAGCAGUUAAUGUAUUUCCUAUAUAUUUAGUACAGAAGCGCAGAAUUUACAUAGUACUUU